AACCUGGAGCCAAUUAUGGAGGCGGCUGACGAAGGAACAUUGGAUCUGAAAAGAAAUCAAAUUGUGCCAACAAGUGAACACACUUCUGGUCAUUUGCAGUGCUCCCCUAGAUCUGUGACCGGAUCAGAUGAUUCCCCGGAGGUGAAACCAACCAUGAACCGACUGGCCGCAAACAACAGCAUGCCACCGAGCAAUCCAAAACGUUCGGAAAUUGAUAUGCACUCAGAAAGCACUGGUCUGUUUAUUGAUGGUAAACGGAGUACAUCCUCGUCAAACACCACAGCUCAAUCCACUCCACGUUCUCACCCGGUCUCAAAGUCCCCGAACAUCGACACUGACUGUGUGCGGAGAGAAAAGCUUACGGAUUUUCUACCACCGGUGCCUAAAUUACCAAAGGGGUCUUUGAAUCUGUCUGAGAAUUCUUCAACUAAUAUGAGUCGUUGGGUUUCACCGCGGGACCCACGCAGUUCCCCUAUGAAUUCCGGACGAACGCGUGCGUCUACUGUGGCAUCCAGUCUGCGGUCAACUCUGAGCCAGAAGGAGAAACUCAAUGCUCGUAUUCGCACUAUUCAAUCGACUUGUCAACACAUGGAUGAUACGACGCCUGAUUUGUGUUACAUUUGCCAUCAACGGCGGGCUCGUAAUGUUCCGGUUGAUUUGAAAGAGGAAACAAAACGUCAUCAAGAAGCGGAAGAUGCAUUACUGGUAGCAUAUCAACAGAUUCGUGCACAGAAUUCUCUGAAACAAGAACUAAGGUCCGGAAUUCGAUCUUCAUUAUCAGUGUUAUUGAACGAUCCGAAAUUUCGACGAUACUCAACAAGAAUGGAUGAAGAAUUCGUUAUCUCACUGAAUUCGAAUGAAUCAGAACUGGAUCGACAAAUCGCUCAAAAGGAGACUGAGAUAAGUCGGUUGGAAGAGGAAGAACGCACUCUCGGUCGUUUGGAACAGGCACGGUUAGCUGAACAACUCCAUGCCGAACGGGAAAUUCUUUGGCAGAAAAAGAUACGUCAACAGAAGGAAUAUAAAUCCGCACUGGAUUUCCAAGUCAAACAUAAACCCGACCCGAUCCCACGAGCUCAGGCAAACGACGGUGCACCAAUAUUCGGUGCGCAUCACUUUGACCCCGUCAAAUUACGCGAGGCUCGUGAGAGGAUUCAGGCUGUUCAUCAAGCCCAGUGGACAGCUGCCCAAGAACGAUCGGUUCGUGAUAAAAAAUCGAAGGAAGACGAAUUCGUACAAGAAUGUGAUAUGUUGAAACGAGUUCGCCGCGAACUAAUCUGUGACGGUCUGAAACGACGUGAGGCUCAGGAAGCAAUGCGGCAAUACUUGGAAUCGGAAUGGGUAAAAGCUAUUCAGGAGAAGAAAGAUCGUGAACAACUGGAAGAACUGUUUUUGAAACAGCCAAGCGAUCUUGUCCUCCACGAGCAAUGUGCAGCCAUAAAACGAUGCGGUCAAUGUCAACGGAAAUUGGACAACGUGGGUCAGCUCCACUUAGCCGUACAAACGCAUGCACCCCAAGCACCCUAUGUCAUGUGA